AUGCAUGACCUUUUCUCAACUAAGGGCAUUAAUCAUCAAACUACUUAUGUUGAAACUCCUGAGCAGAAUGGUGUGAUGCUUACACUUGUCCUACAGAAUGAUACCCCACAUGAACGUCUUCAUGGAUCUCCUUAUGACCUCUCGAUGUUGUAUAUUUUUGGCUGUCUCUACUAUGCCAACACUACUACUGCUCAUAGAAAGAAGUUUGAUGAUCAUGUUGUCCCUGGCAUUUUCUUAGGAUUUAAGCAACACACGAAAGGUUAUCUCUUUUUAAAUCUCAAAAACCAUAAGGUUGAUAUAUCCCGUAAUGUUGUUUUCCAUGAAAAUGUUUUCCUAUAUCAAAAUAUUCAUCAAAACGACAACUCCUUAUAUCUACCUUUGCCCAUUAAUUACACCCAUAAUUAUGAUGAUAUUUUACUGUUCAGAUCUACUACUGCUUCCACAAAUGACAUUCCUAAUAACACAUCCACAGAUAUCACUCAAAUUGAUGAUAUUGGUAAUGAUACCUCUACUAGUGUAAGACGAUCUUCUAGAUCACGCAAGUUCCCAGCAUAUUUAAAAGAUUUUAAAACUAACAGCAUUGUUCGUUAUCCCGUAAAGAAUUAUCUUAGUUAUGUUCAUCUUUCUACUAAUUUCAAGCAUACUAUUUUAUCUAUUUAUCCUAAUGUUGAACCAACAUGUUACUCCGUUGCUUCCAAACAAACCCAAUGGGUCACUACCAUGCGUGCCGAGCUUGAUGCCCUACAGGCUAAUAACACUUGGGUGCUAACGACUCUACCUCCUAACAAAACAGCUAUUGCUUGUCGUUGGAAUCUUGGAGAUUUAACUUACUUCCUCGGCCUUGAGGACGCACGAAACUCCAAAGGAAUUCACCUCAAUCAACGUAACCAUGUUCUGGAUCUCCUUGCUGAAACAAGCAUGUUUGACAGCUCACCUAUCCCUACUCCCAUUGUACCCAAACAAUCUUCUACCAAUACCUAUCGGUCUUUGGAUGAUGUUGUCGCUACUUCUUAUCGUCGUCACAUUGGAAAACUGAUCUACCUUACCACUGCCCGUCCGGACAUUACCUUUGUUGUCAACAGCCUCAGUUAG